AUGUCGUCAGUAGAACAGGCAACUAAUCAGUUUAUGAAGCAAAAUAAUUCCCAGAAUGGAAAUGAUCCGGACUAUUCUGGCAUGAUAUCUUUACCGAUAGCACUAGUUCUUGGACUGACUGGCAACAGCAUCACCAUAGCAACAAUGAUCACUAAACCAUUUAACACGAUGCCGUGGAGCAUAACCCUGGUUUGUUUAGCUACAGCCGACAACGUUGUUCUGUUAGCAGUGCCCUUCAAUAAACCAUUCAUCGCCGAACUGAUUGGAGUGGACAUUCCUUCAAUGAACACAGCUACCUGCAAAGUGUACCACUUCAUUCGCCGCAUAUCGAAGAUGGUUUCUGCUUGGUUGCUAGUACUCGUGUGCUUUGAACGAUUCGUCGCCGUCUGCUUCCCAAUGAAAGUCAAACAGAUCUGCACCAAGAGGAGGACAGCCAUAUCGGUUGUCUGCAUGCUUAUCGUGUCUGCUGCGUGCUGUAGUCUUUGGGUUUCAACAGCCGACAUCGUUAAUGGCGUGUGUGUGCAGACAGUCGUAACCCCAGAGUCUCGCAUCAGAGCAAUGUCGUUCCUCAUUCUGGGCUCUGUUCUGAUCGUGGUCCUGCCAGUGACCUUAAUGUUCGUUCUGACACCUAUAACGUGUUUCGUGUUACGCAGACAUGCGCUUCUGAGAACACAACUCUCAGGUACAGCUCGACAAACUGACAACUACGCCAAAGCCAGCGCCAUGCUUGUGAGCCUCUGUGUUACUUACAUCGUGCUCCUUACCCCAACUAUGACUAUGUACAACCUUGCGUUUUACUUGAAAGAGGGCUUGCUGACGACGCGGAACACGACACUGGUUAUUUUGAAAGAGCUAUCCCAGGUCCUCGAACUCAUCAACUACUCCAGCAACUUCUUUCUGUACACCGCUUUCAAUGACGUAUUUCGUCAUCGAGUAAUAUACUGUGUGAAGUGCAAUGCAAGACAGGCAGUCUCCACAGCGGCCACCUCGCGUACCCAGAUGCAUCAAAUAGCAUCGUCACAGGCAACUAACACUAUUAUUGUUGUUUCAGCCAAUAGUAAUGCCUGUUCUAUGUAUUCUGAGAUUUGA